AUGUCCAAUCCGAGUCCAAAGGAAGAGGGACCAACCCACCGUGUCCUCUAUUUCCGCGUUGAUAUACCACCCGAUGAAACAUGUACAGUUCUGCGUAGCUUCCAGCAACAUAGCAAAGACAGCCGAUUCAAGAAUCUAGCUGCGUUGCUGGAGCAAUGCGUUGUGACUCUCAGAGACGAGCUCACCCAUAAGCCCAGCUCAUUGCAAUCUUCGGCGCCGUAUUUCGACAAUCUGCUAGCUCUCGCAGAGCAUCCAGCAUCACUGCAGGGCCCACUAGCAACUGCAUUCCGGCAGGCAUUGUCGGUGACAGUGCAGGUGGCGUCUGUUGUCGGGUUUUAUGAAUCUAAUGGUAUUACUUACCGACCGGCUCCCAGCUCAACGACACUGCUGGGUGUGGGCGUCGGCCUUUUGGCAGCAGCCGCCGUAUCUGCUGCAUCCAGUCUGCCUGAACUGGUCGAGUUAACGCUGCGGGCCAUUCGAGUGGCAUUUCGACUCGGACUGUAUGUGAACCAGGUCUCGAGUCAGUUCGAGCCCGAGGGUAACGCGCUCGCACGAGACAGUUGGUCCUUCGCCAUUUCCGAUAUGACCGUUGAGGAGAUCCAGCACGAGAUUGACCGAUAUAAUGCAGAGACAGAAAGGCCCGAGUUCUGUAAGCUAUAUAUAGGCGCUACUUUAGGCAUGACGACUUGCAUAAGUGCUCCUCCCUCACAACUGAGGCGUGCGUUUCGCGAGUCCCCAGUCUUGUCCUCUUCUCGACAUAUGCCCUUGCCCGUGUUCAAUGGCUUGUAUCAUGCCAGCCACAUCUACGACCCUUCUGCCAUUGAAGAUCUACUGCAUGACGUCGCUGUGGGCACAGAGCCGACGCCCAUCAGCGUCGUAUCACCGCUGACUGGCGAAUGUUUCAUGGCCACUCGCAUUGGCCAGCUCAUGGUAGAAAUCGCCGUCGAGUUUCUGACUGGCGCCAUUCACACGGACCAGGUCAAUGCCGGCGCGGUACAACAGCUCACACAGGCUGCGGCGCAACACUGCGUAUUCCAGAUCUUACAUAUUUCGCCCUUCUCAAAUGGCCUGGCAGCUGCCAUCCACGCCGCGAUACCGAGUCUGUCUGUUGAGCAAGAAGUGUUGUUUGAUUGGAUUUCCCAGGAAUAUGGGAAGCGACGUCCACGGACCCGGGCAGACUCGAAGAUCGCCAUUGUCGGCAUGGCGUGUCGCAUGCCAGGCGGCGCCAACUCACUAGAUGAGUUCUGGCAGCUGAUGGAGGAAGGGCGAGACGUACAUUGCCGGGUACCAGCAGACCGCUUCGACAUCGAUGCACACUACGACCCAACGGCCCAACUAAUGAACUCCACCCAGACACCUUACGGCAACUUCAUCGACCGACCGGGAUAUAUGGACGCCGCCUUUUUCCAUAUGUCGCCGCGCGAGGCCGAGCAGACAGACCCCAUGCAUCGGUUGGCCUUGGUCACUGCUUACGAGGCCCUCGAGAUGUCUGGAUAUGCUCCCGACCGCACACCCAGCAGUAACAGGCAGCGUGUCGGAACAUACUAUGGCCAGGCAGCUGAUGACUACCGCGAGCUGAACAACUCGCAGAAUGUAGGCACGUACGCGGUCCCAGCAGGCGAGCGCGGCUUUGCCAAUGGGCGCAUCAACUACUUCUUCAAGUUCUGCGGGCCAAGUCUCAACAUCGAUACGGCGUGCUCCAGUAGUUCCGCGGCGGUGCACACCGCUUGCAAUGCGAUAUGGGCCGGUGAAGUUGAUAUGGCGCUGGCCGGCGGUCUGAAUGUCAUCACAGACCCUGACAACUUUGCAGGGUUGUGUAGCAGCCAUUUUCUAUCACGGACGGGCCAGUGCAAGGUCUGGGACCGGGACGCAGACGGGUAUUGUCGCGGCGAUGGCAUCGGCUGUGUUGUUCUCAAGCGACUCGAGGAUGCAGAGGCUGAUAACGAUAACAUCCUCGGUGUCAUUCUUUCUGCGGCGACAAAUCACUCGGCCAACGCCAUCUCCAUUACGCACCCUCAUGCUGGGGCGCAGAUUGACAACUAUCGCAACGUCAUGCAGCAUGCCGCCGUCGAUCCACGGCACGUCGAGUAUGUUGAGCUGCACGGAACGGGCACCCAGGCAGGCGAUUUGGAGGAGUGCACCUCAAUACGAGAAGUCUUCGCACCUCUGGCCCCUCGUCGUCGAGCCGAUCAGCGUCUUCGUCUAGGCUCUAUCAAGUCUAACAUCGGCCACGGCGAAGCCUCUGCGGGGAUUGCCUCGAUCAUCAAGCUGCUGCUCAGAGAUAUUGUCUAG